CCAGCUUGAACCCUCAGCUUGAACUUGACCUUUACUCCGUCACAAGCACAAAAUCGAGAUGGCUAAUAAGCGGAAAAAUACAGAUUCCGAGUCGGGGUCGGACUUUGAUCCAAGCGAUACGGAUGAUGAAUAUGUCACGCCGACCAUUUCGAAAUCUCAACGAAAGAAACCUGCCGGCCGGCAACCACAGAAGAAGCGAGCGAAACGCGAGAUUGACGCUGUCGCGACUGCAGAUGAACUGUCUGCUACCCCACAUCCAAAAUCUCUCCAUGUCAUCGCAAAAGAUGCGAACUUGAGAUCUACUCGAACGGCCUUGCUUCAAUGGUACUCGGCAGUCCACGCCUCUCGAAACAUGCCGUGGAGGAAGCCGUAUGAUCCCACAUUGAGAACCGAGGAGCGGGCCCAGCGCGCUUACGAGGUUUGGAUAUCAGAAAUCAUGCUGCAACAAACGCAAGUUGCCACCGUCAUCCCCUACUACAACAGGUGGAUGGAAAAAUUUCCCACCAUUCGUGAAUUGGCGUCCGCGUCUAUCGACGAUGUCAAUGCGCUCUGGAAAGGACUGGGCUACUAUAGUCGCGCCAGCCGUCUGCUCUCAGGAGCUCAAAAGCCUGCCGUGAUUACAACGGCAGAUUGCCUGACAAUGCAAGAGACAUGCAGGCCAAUAUACCUGGGAUUGGGCGAUACAGUGCUGGUGCAAUUUGCUCAAUCGCUUAUGGAGAAGCAGUUCCUGUCCUUGACGGGAACGUGAACCGACUGUUGAGUCGGUUUCUAGCACUCCAUGCGUCUCCUAAAGCGAAACAAACACUGGACAUUCUCUGGGAUGCUGCCAGUGUUUUCGUGCACGAUCUUGAUGCCUCUCAGCACCCCGGAGAUGUCAAUCAGGCGCUUAUUGAACUCGGUAGCACGGUCUGUAAAGUCCGAGACCCUGACUGCGAGAAUUGUACCAUCGGAAGCUGGUGCGCAGCGUAUAUUCAAAGUCAGACUGACCAGGACACUGGCGUGAACUCCGUCCCCGAUAUCGAAGACCUAUGCUCCCUGUGCGAGCCGGUCCCCCGUCCAUCACCGGUCACCGUCUUUCCUAUGAAAGCCGAAAAGAAAAAGUCACGCGAGGAACUUGACUUGGUGAACGUUAUCGAAUGGCGCGCCGGGUCUGAUCGGAGAUUCCUGUUAGUCAGACGGCCGGAAGGAGGUGAUUAUCUUGUCCAUCACCGAUCAGUGAACGAUUUUAAUCGUCGGUGUUUUGUAUCCAGGUCUGUUAGCUGGGCUGGAUGAAUUCCCGACUUGCCCGAAUAUUUCCGCUUCGCUUUCCUCGGCUCAAGCGCGGAGUAGCGUGGAGGACUUGCUUUCCACCUUGCUCCAUCCAGAUGAGCAAUCAUUCAAAUCUCCGUCCAAAGCCCUAGAUGGUCUAAAGAUCAGCCACAUCAAAGCAGCAGGGGAUGUGGUCCAUGUCUUCUCGCAUAUCAAGAAAACGUACAGAGUGCAAUGGGUCCUUCUCGAGGGCCUAUCGAAUCCCCCCACUCUGGCCUCGACCACUGCUGGUGUUCUCCCGAUCAAAAAAUCUGCGAAGAAGUUGAACCCUGCUCUGAGUGAACCCUGCACUGCCUGGGUUCCUCUAGACACAGUCGCGUCGAGAAACAUCGGAACCGGUGUGAUGAAGGUCUGGAAACUGGCCCAGCUCCUUUGGGAAUGACCUUUCCUUGGUCACGAAAGUACAACCGCAGUAGCCAAUAGACUAACCAAUAAAUACUGAGCGUCUAGACGCGUUGUGUACAUAAGAGAAGGGACAGGCGCUAUUCCUCUGGACGCGGCUCGAUUGCCUGCUCUGCUCGUGGUCCCCCCGACCCAGACGGCCCAUUCUAGAAACGAUCGAAAAAUGCGCUCUUGGGGAGAUUGAAUGUCCCACUCACCUGCCUCAGCUUCGCGAGGUGAAUCUUCAACGUCUCGGCAUAGUUGUCGAAGCCCAGCGUCGACAUGGCAUACAGGAUGUCUUCCCCACCAAUGGUUUUUCGCUUCUCGGACAGACAGCGCUCCGCUGCUUCAGAAGUGAUGAAGGAAAUGAACUCGGAGACACAUUCCUGCACGCAUUCCUUCGCGUCUUUGGCUAUCUUCGCGGUGGGUGGGACCGAGGCUUUCAUGAUCCGCGAAACAUUGGCGAUCUGGAUGCAUCAGGUCAGCUGGUGGUCCUCGGCUAAGCGGGCACGCGAGCGCUGGAAGAUGGACUCACGGGUAGGAAUCUGUCCUGCUCUCUGUACUCGCCCACUUCCUGCUCGGUGAUAGGGACGGCGGGCGUUUCAGGGGGCGGCUCGGUGCCAUCCUGUGCGGCAAUGAUGGGAUGACGGUCUGCCAUCGGAUAUUUUGAGGUAGCCUCCGGGGCCGCGUCCAAUCCGAGCACGUUUCAAGGGCUGCAAUCUGAGUGGCUGGUCGGAGGGAGCAGUGAAGGGUGGCGGUGCAGACAUGGCUGUGUCGCCGAGGUAAACAACGAGAAGAGCCACAAACAACUGAAACCUUCGCAUUGCUCGGAAAGGAAAGAGCAAGCGUCUAGACUCCACCCUCUAACUCUGCACGCAUAAGGAACACGUACGACGUGGUGGAAAAAACAAGACAAAGCGUGAUUACGAUUGACUCCAAGUCACGCAUCUAUUGGUACUUAUUAACAGCUUGAUGAGAGAUGGCCUCAGGGUCGUUGCACUCCACCGCUUAGUAAGUCUCAGGGAUGCAGAGUUCGCGCUGCAUGUCCCAAAAAGUCUCUGGUCGGUUGCUGUGAUAGGAUGAGGAUGCGUAUGAAGCUGCGGCGCUGCACGUGUCGGUCUAACGCGCCAACAUCCCAAGUCAAUUCCAAAUCGAUAGCCGUAUUGAGACCGAACGUGGAAUGAGCAUCCACGAAUAGUGCAGCGCGCGUCCGAAUCGAGGAAGUAUUCCAGGAAGUGAGGGAAAACAUGAGAUAUUCCGGGAAUCAACGCGUGCUGACAAGAUCCGUGCGGACGACCACGCGAAUCCAGGCCAUCGUUCACAGCGACUUUGUUGCUUAGCAGCCGGGCCACGGCGUGUAUCGCCGUUGUACUUCGAAGGAGUCGUCAAGUUACGUCCGGACUCAGCGGGAUGACUUGGUCUCCACGACUCGGGAAGAGUUCCACGACAGACCCUGGAGCGAAUGCGAUGCGUCGGCCGGCGUCCAAGAUGCUCGAACCGGCCUUCGAUUCCUCAUGGAGCCAAAGUAUGAGCUUGCAGAUGAUUAGGAAGCUUGAUAGCAGAGGAGACUGGAAGAUGAUUGAGAUGUUACUCGAAUCGAUGAGAUGGCCCGUCGAAUGUAAGGGAUUGAAUCAAGAUUGAACUUGCCGGCGGCGUCAAACAAGAAGAUGAUCAAGACACAACAUCUCGGCGCGACCUGGUGGCACAUGAUAAGGGUUCAUGCGUACACAAAAAAGGCACACGAGUGCCACGCAAGUGUCUUGCUUAUCGGGUGGCACGCUUUCGUCUCGCUCUGACGACGCAACGCGAUGUACGCCGCGAUGCAGAGCCGCGGUCGCCCACUCGAGCGAGGUCGGUCACACGAUCAAACUCGGCUUUCCGCCCUCGGCGACACCCGCUCAUCCUCACCAUCACCUUCUAACAGUUCCCCACGCACCCCCGCUUCUCGUUCCCGCUCCCACUCUCACUCCCGCCCUGCCACUCCUCCUCCCGCUCUGACUCUGUGUGACCAAGUACACAACGCGUAUGCCGCGGACGACUUCCACUUAGCCAAGGUGCUGCUUCUGCGGCUCCAAGGCAUCGAGGUUACGUCUGACAAUGAUCCUCGUAUCGCCGCCGUAAAGGACGAAGACUUCGACGUUUGUUUCCUGCCAUACGGUGCACCCGACGACGGCCGGGGCAAGCCGAGCCAGAAUUAUAGCUCGGAAAGCAAGUUGGCCGCGGCCGCGGAGGCUCGCCGGGCCGCACAGCUGAAAGAGAAGGAGCUCCUCUGGGAGAACGAGUCUCGCCGGCAUCGUGAUGAGCGCGCUCGCUGGACUGCCAUGAAGCGACGCCAGGCCGCGGCAGAGGUCAUGGAGGAGCAGGAGCAGCUGAGGUUACGUUUGGUCAAAGAGAGACAGGCUGCCGCAGCGGUCUUGGAUAUGGGUCGCCGCCGGACGAGACCGGUAGCACGGGCGCUAAGCUAUGCGGUAGACCGCCCAUCUGUCCCCGCACCUCCUGUCCGUUUCACAUACGACUUCCCUUUCACUCCACGCAACAAUGUGCCUACGCGCGUCCGUCCUGCAGUCGAGGCAAGACCUGCUGCCCCGAAAGUGGAGCCAUUGCCCCGUGACGAAGCGCCUGAAUAUCGGUCUCCUAUUCGAGUGACGUUUCAGCAAGUGUUGAACAGCAUGCAGGGCGAUCUAUUUCCAGUGCUGUCGAGCGAGCGCAUUCUGACACGCAGUUCCGAGCCACGCCGGGAACGCAUGUUGAUAGAUAUCUUGCUGGACCGCAGUGGCUACCUCCUGGCUGGCAUCGACAAGGGAAAGCAACGCGCGGAGCCCAUGACAUGCUCCAGUUGCGAGUCCUUGCCGUCGCCCCCGCCGUCGUCUCCGUCGACUUCGUCCUCAGGUUUAUCUCGGGCAGGCUCUUGGUUGUCUUUUGCGGGAUCCUCGCGGCGAUCGAGCAACGCAAGCGUCACGACAGCAACAUCCUCGUGGAGGACGUCAUCGACCUUGCUCGAUUCUCCAUCUCUUUCGAAGUCUCCGCAGCCAUCGUCCUAUAUCCGACGACAAUUGAGUGCGCGUAAUUGGAUCAGCGCUGGGCCACGAGCCGCAUCGCCUUCUCCGGUUCGACCUGGUGGAGGAUGCACAUGUCGCUGGCGGAAUUCCACGCGCGUAUUCGCAUCCACACAUCCGUUGCGCAUGCCUGAACCUCCUCCCGCUGUCACCGCGGCUAUGGCUUCCGUCAUCCCGAGCCUCUUUUCUUCGAUCGCUUCCUUGGCCCGCACUGUUCAGACAUCUUAUGUCCGGGCUGUUGUUGUCGGCUACGACGUUUCGGCAGAAUGGAUCGAAGAGGAGGAGGCCAUCUGGGCCGAGCGGCCCACGGUUUUCAAGGAUCCGCCCGCUGUCCAGCGUGCUCCUUGUGUGCUGCCACUGCGUCCGGCAGGGUCCCGCGUCGAAUCUUCUGAUCUUCGCCGAUUCCUAGCCCGAGAACCCAAGCCUGAUGCCGUCCAGAUUGUCCCGCUAGCCCAUCUUUCGCGGCUGACUUCGUCGCGGGGAGAAGAGUUUACGCGGUCGCAUCGCCGGACGGAACUGCCCGCUCCGUUUCCUCAUCCCGUUGUUUUCAGAACUCCCCAGCCGCUUCCCAAGAGCCCUUGGCUGACUGUGCCGAACUUUGUCGACCAUCAGGAGGAGUUGCCGGCGCGCCCCCGGGCUGUUCCCAACAGCGCUUUCCUGCGCGUCAAGGCUUUGCACAACGAUGCUUUGGUCCAAGGCUCGGUUCCCCCCGUGCCGAAGAUACGCCUCCCCCGUGAGGCUGUGCUGGGUGUGGGUUCUCAUCCUCUGCCCGAGGGGCGCGUCGCCAACGGCAGUGCGUUGAGAUUUGUUUUGGAUGUCAUCGAUUGAUGCGGUUAUGUUGUCGUAUUGCUUUACAUUGUACAUGCUUAUUCUAGACAGCCUAGAUAUAUACUACUAAUCACCUCUACCUGGAACCCAGCGGCACUAUGAUUGACAUUUUACUCGACUUGCACGUGCGAACAGUUACAUCAUGUGAUCGUGUUUAUC